AUGGGACACAAUACCGGCGUUGUGUACGAGAUGCUUAACGGAGGGACUGGAUGGACGCUGAACGCUGGGGCUGGUGGAGGACGCAUUGCAGCGUGUGAAUCGCUCAAGCGACGCUCGUUUGCAUCCAUCUGGGACACCAAUUGCUUGACAACUGCGGUCAAGCGCUCAAGCUGUGAAGCCAAGGCAGCCAAUGGGUUUGCAAUGAAGCGGAAUGAGACAAGUUCCAAGAACAAGUUAUUGAGGAAGACCAUUGAAAAGAAUCGAAGAAUUCGAAUGAAAGCUCUUAGUUGUAAGCUUGUUUCCGUCGUUCCAGAUCGACAUUUCAGCCAACCCAAGGAAUUGUUGUCACAUAUAGAACAGAUAGAUGCAGCAUCUGCUUACAUCAAGAACAUGAGAGAGAGAAUUGAAGUACUAAAUAGAAGAAAGGCACAACUCAUAAAUUCCUGCCCAACCAAGACUGCAGCCAUUGACGGCGGUGGUGGACGGAAGUGUCCGAUUCUGACAGUGAAGGAGUUAGGCUUUGGCGUAGAGGUGAUGUUGAUUAGUGGCCUAAACAAGAAUUUCAUGCUAAGCCAAGUGAUUAGCGUAAUCGAACAAGAAGCAGCUCAAGUUCGCAGCGUUAACAUGUCCCGUGUUGGUGAAACCAUCAUCCACACUAUCCAUGCUCAGGCUAAAAUUUCAAGGGUUGGGGUGGACACUUCAAGAAUAAGUGAUAGGAUUCAGGCAAUCAUUUCCUCAAACUUGUGA